AUGAGAUCAGAUGGAAUUAAGAUUUGCGAGGAAGCAAGAUUAUGUGCGGAGAAGCUUAAGGACAAUAUGAAUCAGAAUCUUAAGGCCAAAUAUCAGCAUUUGGUUUUCAUUUUAUCUCUCUCUCCAGUGUGCUUCGCUUUAUGGUGUUCUCGUGACGUCUUAACAGAUUCUUUCGGAGAUGACAAGAAAUUCUUCGAAAGUGUUUCAUACUGUUCAAAUGGCCUUGCAAAGAUGCACAGACUUGGCAAAGUGAAAGCUCUUUCAAGUUUGACACAUGAGCUGAGGUUAAUUAAAUCGCCUGCGGAACUCAAGUUGAUGAGAGGGUAA